AGUCGAACCGCGUACCUGUGGACAUGCAGAUUACGGUGUUUGUACCGAUGCUGGUAGCGCUCAGCUACGCAGCCGAUGCCAAAAGCAAAGAGAAGAAUGCAGCGUCCAAGACUGACAAGAGAGAUCUUCUAGAAGGAAACUACGGAGAUAGAACUUAUUUAAAGAAUGUUCUUCGUACAAUCCAAGGUAUCGACUACUCCCACCAAGAGGACGCGCUGGCAGCAAGAUCUCCGCAUGUAGUCUCGUCAGAACCUCGCAUCGCGAAGAUAUCUGACUUGUUGAGCGGCGAGGGACCGCACUACUCCGCCAUCUCUGAUCAUCUGUUCUCACCAGUGUCUGCUUACCAAUCCAGGUUGUCGUCACCAGCAUUUGACCUAAAUUCCGAACUCGGACUUUCUGACCUAGAACCGAAACACAAGCCAAGCAAGAAGCACAAGAAACCGAAGAGCCCUCCCAAACGCACUUACCCCUCCUACGAACCAAGAGCUUUGCAAUUCGACACUCUAUCGAGCUUCGCCAAUUACCAGCCAGGGUUGUCACAGUUCAAAAAUCCCUACCAAGGCCCUACGUUUGACAGAGAACUGUUUUCUCCCAGGAUAUUUGCUGAACCAUCCAUUUUCCGUCCCAAUCGACCAGUAGCCCCUCAGUACUAUCCUCAAGUAUACCAACAGCCUCAACUAUUCUCUCAGCAAGGAAUUCCAUCCCAACGUGAAUACCAACCAGUUCAAUAUAUCCAGCAGCCAGCACAACAGGUUUUGCCUAACGUGGCAUACUCCCAAAGAGCCCAGCAAGUGAUUCCCGGACUGCAGUAUUCUCAGGGAGCGCCGCAAACGGUACCUGGAUUUACUUACCCUCAGGCCCAACAAGUUGUAUCUAGUCCAGCAUUUGCCCAACCCACCCAGCAAGCUCCAGGAUUGAUUUACACGCAGGAAGCUCAACAAUCCAUACCAGCAUAUAAUCAAAAUCCCCCUCAAUUUAUACCAGGUGUCCCAUAUGCUCAAGGAGCGCAGCAAGCAAUACCUAGCCUAGCAUAUACCCAAGGGCCCCAACAACCCGGAGUGAUUUAUGCUCAACAGCCUGAAGCCAAUAUUGUCCAACAACAACCUAUCAGUGUAGCGCAACAACAGCCAGUUCCUCAAGAGCACCUCCAACCGCAACAAGUCCAAGGAGCAGUGAGCUACGCGAGCUUUUCUCAAAGCCUUCCACCGUACGCUCAACCCCAACCCCAACCCCAACCCCACCCCCAACCCCAACCCCAACUCCAACUCCAACCACAACCACAACCCCAACCCCACGUCCAACAGGUCCAAGCCCCUCAACCUAUAUACACACAGAGCCAAACCCUCCUCCUGCCCGCCAGACCAGACUUACAACAACCUGUGCAGCAACAGUAUCCUGUUCCUGACAGCCAGCCGCAACCACAACAAAUAUCUGAAAGCCAUCCUACAUCACAACCCGAUGAAGAACGAGUUGUCACAAUACUUCCAGCAAAAAAGGUAGCAAACGACCACAAAACCCAAACAGAAAGUUUAAAGACAGCGUCCAGUAAUGUAGAGUCUACAACGCAACCAGCUCCUCAAGAAAUAGCGCAUCCAGAACCAACUCAGGCUCCCCCAGUACUAACAACACUGCCCAAUUUAGUACCCAGUACAUACCAGCGGCUGUUACAAGAUUUUAGACCGCAACAAGCGGAGAACGGUCCGACGUACCUCCAACAGGGCCCGCAUGCGUAUCCUCAAGGAGUACAGUACCAACAGCCUGGACUAGUUAAUGGAGGCGUGACUCCAGCUCCCCCUUCAGUGCAGUAUUUCGGAAACUUCGCCGAGUCUCUGUUCAGAAAUUAUCCUUGACGUUGACCCGUUGAUUUACUUUAAUUAUUUGAGAAGUAUGCUCUCAUCUUCUUAGGAAAUUAUCUUGCUAUUUAUUUUUGUCAAACACCAAGCAUUAGUCAUUAAAUUACCAUCACAAUUACUGUAGAAAACAAAUGUUGACCCUUCUUUUAGUACAUAAUUUGAUACUUUUUGGCUAAUAAUCUAUUGAAAGAUUUUUUAAUAAAGGUCCUCAUUCGACUCCCCUUCAAUUCCUUGUCGAAAUCUGAAAUACCAAUAAUUCUUAAUUCCUAUCAUUUUUAAUGAUCUUUCCCCACAUUCUUAUAUUCCUUUAUCCGAAAUAUUUUAUCUUUUAGUUCAGUGCUCGGAUUAUUAAUUAUAUCCUGUUCUCGAUUUUAUUCCUGAAUUUCUUUAACCUGGAGGUAUCAUUUACGCUUAUCUCUUUAGUUCAGAUUAAACAAAAACUGAAUUGCAAAAAAAAAAUAUGAAAUGUAUAGCGUGCGUGAACUGUUGCACUGUAUUAGAAUCUGUUAGUAAUAUUAUUGUAAGAGUAUUUUAUUAUUAUAUAUAAGCUCUCGACCAUACACUGCGUCGUCACAGCGAGAGAACAUAAUACAAGUCAAAUCAUUUACUUCAAUCCGAUUUAUCGAUCUAUUUCCAAUUGACGAAUCAGAUUUUUUGCCUUGUUUACAAAUGAUAAUUUUGAAUGUUUUAUUUUUGCCAGCAGCUCGAAGAUUGACAUUGUGAUAAUUAAUUAAAACAGCUGAUAUUAAAUAGUGCAUAGAAGUAAUUCGAGAUGCCAAAAAUAUGUUUAUUUUAACGAAUUCAAGGACGUUUUGGAGAUAUUUUUCUAAAAAAAACAUCAAGAAAAUUACUUGUAAGUCUCCUUUUAGUCAUACUAACAACGCUUAAUAUAAGUCAUUAUUAAAAUGACAGUAAAAAAUCCAAGCAAUGUAUGGUGACGGCUUAUUAGUCGGUAAGUCUAUAGUGACGCCAUAAUCUGGGGCCUUAUUCUCUAUCCCGCCCGCACGUUAUUUUGACAGUGUGUAACAAGCACGUAACGCAACACAU